CGUUGGGUUUUGGCGUCGUUUGACAUUCCUCAAAAGAAAUCUCCAAUGAACAAUUAGAAGUAUUUUUUUUUAUUCUUUGUUAUGAAAAUUGAAAAAAUAUUUGAGAAUCAUGAGUGCAGCAGAAGCCGAGACAGUCAGCGACCUGAUUCAACAAAUGAUAACGUCAAUGUGUGGAGAACAAAAACCAGAGGUCAUAAGAAGAUUCAUGAGGUUCUCUCUGGGCCUAUUAUCGUCGACUCAGGGCGUUGAGGCUUUUCGUGAUGACGAGAUAUCCGUAAUCAAUCACAUAAAAAAUAAACUCAGUACUAGAGAAAAUAUUUACCUGGAAAAAUUGAUGAAUGACUUGAAAGACAAUCCCUUGAGAAAUCGAGUUGGAAUUCUCGUGUUUCUGCUCCACAUGAGUCAAUCAGGAGAGCGCGACAGGUUUUCCUUGCACGAUAUGCGUCUGGGAUUGCCUUCACCAGUGGCAUCAACGAGUGCACAGACCCCUUCAUCAGGAUCUCAAGCCCAAAUAGUUGUUAUCAACACACCAGAUUCGAACAGCCAAGGAAUGCCAUUGAGCACCAGCAGGAUAUUCAAUGAAGACUGCAUAUCAGAAGAUAUUCUCGUUCAAGAGCUCAUCUACUCAUUCCAGGGCAUUGAGGGGAGAAUAUUAAAAUUGGAUACAACGUAUGGCUUUCAAAUAGGUCACCAAGCCAAACUCAAUCGCUAUCACCAACAGGCAGUCCUUCGUCUCAGCGAACUCGGUUACCUACACAAUGCUGUUCGUCGUGGUCUUGAGAGGAUAUCCCCCAAAGGUGCUGGUAGAGUUUCAGACAGCCUCGUAGCUGCUUUACAUAAAGAAUUAUCUGAGUACUAUCGGUUGAUAGCAAUGAUGCAGGAGGAAAUUAAUAAGGCACAGGGAUCCACAGGCUUCGAACCUGUUACCCUGUCUCAUCUUCACCUGUGGGCGUACGACCCUCUGGAAACCCUGAAAUGGCUUGCCAGUAUUGUUCGUGCAUGUCAAGAGCAAAAAGGAGGAGCCCUGGCAUCCGUUGUCUACGAAUUCAGUCAUCAUGGCGAUCCAAGAGUUCAGAAGCUCGUUAAAAGAAUUCUAGAAAGUGUCUGCGAGCCACUCUACAACAUGCUCAUUCGGUGGAUCACUGAUGGAAUCUUAGACGAUCCAUUUCAAGAAUUUUUCAUUGAGGCGCGGCCUAACGUUAAUGGUGACAGAAUGUGGCAUGAAAAGUAUUUAGUCAGAGAUGCUAUGGUCCCCAGUUUCAUUAGUAAGUCACAGGCGAGGAAGAUCCUCGGAACAGGGAAGAGUAUCAAUUUCCUCAGAGAGGUCUGCAAGGAUUCAACGCCUCUCCAUGGAAGGGAUGCUGAAAUCUUCAGUGAUGGUCCAGGGAAGUGUAAUGUUGAGGCCUUCUUCGAUAUGGAUCCUGAUGGACCACUACAAAGCAUCAUGGAAGCUGCGUACAAGGAGACGUCGACAAGAGUUGUGGAGAUACUCACGAAGGAGUAUCAACUGAUGGAUCAUCUGCAAGGCAUUAAAGGAUACUUACUGUUGGGGCAGGGCCAUUUUAUUCAGCACCUCAUGCAUUUGCUGGAGCCUCAGUUGGCGAAACCAGCAAAUUCCUUGUAUCCACAUAAUAUUUCCUCUGUGUUGGAGACUGCUAUAAGGGCGACUUGCACGAAAAUCGAGGAUAUUGAUGUUCAGAGAAGGCUGGACAUCAGAAUGCUACCACCUUCCGAAAAUGAAACUGGGUGGGAUGUCUUUAUGCUAGAUUACAACGUGGAUGGACCCAUCGGCACUAUACUGGAGCCAUGCAGAGGAACGUACCAAGCAGUAUUCUUUUCACUGUGGAAAGCAAAACGAAUGGAGUACAUUCUCUCAACAAUUUGGAAACAUGAAAUAACGACAGCUAAAAUUUUGCGAAGAAUGCCAGAAGUCCUGCCAAUUCAAAAUCUCAUUCAUCUCAUAACAAGUUCAAUGGUGCACUUAGUCCACCAAAUGCAAUAUUAUUUUCUGUUCGAAGUGAUUGAGUGCUCGUGGGAUGUUUUUGCCAAUAAUCUCAGGCAAGCGACGUCAUUGGACGAUAUCAUUGUUGCUCAUGACCAUUUUGUGGAUUCGGUUAAGAAAGGAACUCUUUUGGAUGAAAAUUCCCAGGAAUUGAGAGAUCAGUUGCGUACUGUUUACAAUCCAAUUUUGAGUCUCCAGAGUAUCGAAGAAACAUUCUUAGCACGAGCUACAGUCGAGUACGAAGCUAGGAUGAAAACAAACAAAUUCAUCAACACUCAGAGUGAAAAGAGUAAAACUUGGGGCAGGACGAAUACAACAGAUGCCGACGCAAUCGAGAGAAUGAACGCGUUCGCUAAAUAUCUUACGACACUAUCAAAGCAAUUGAAGGUAUUAUCGAAAACUUACCAGGAUCAAGUGAAGAAAUUCCUCUUGAUGCUGGCAUCUACUGAAGAUGUAUCCUUACAACUUUUAAGUGUGCGAUUAGACUUUAAUGAACACUACAAGAGCAAAGAUAGCAGUCUAUUAGCUCCAUUGAUGUACCAGCAUCGUCGGCAAAGUGAUCACUCUUUUCUCGCAAGUAAGUGACAGCCGCUAUUCGAAUUAGUCACUUCACAGAAUGCCAAUGAGAUUGGUCACAUUGGAGGAACAAAGAGACGACUAUUAUUGGGAAAUCUGGAGAAAUCGCAGCAUAAAAAUAGUCGGCAGAAAAAGCCCAAUGUCAAAAUCAAUUUGGAUGACUGCAUUGAUAAAUCUCGUCGAACUAACUUGAAGCAUGUUCAGGCAAGUAAAAGGGCUUUCCGGAUAUUCUUGGAAGGAGAAAUUUUAGCGCAAACUAAAAUGGAAUUUUCCAAUAAUGCUAGUGAUAUCACAACACCCAUAACACCAUUUGGCUACCAAGAGAAAGACUUUUCAUUGUAUCCAAAAAAAAUAGCACUUCUGCCCCUCGAAGAAAUGUCAUCUGAUUCAAAGAAAUCCUAUGGUUCUACACAAUUGGAAAAUCCUCUGAAAGAUUUCAAACAAUUGAAAAUAAAUAUUCACGAGAAUCAUUUUUUCAAUCAUCGUAAUGAACCAGAGAGGUAUCAUUUGGAGGAAAAAAUUUCAAUUCAAAAGUGCCAUGACAUUUAUGAUAAAGUUGAAUCCGAUAUGCUACACUGGCAUAUGAAUCCAAGUAUUUGUGAGACAGCUUCUGUCGAGGGUUCACUGUCUGGUGAUAGUCUUUCUAAGGUUGCACUUUGUAAUGAUGAUCAAAGUGGAAAGUUCCAGCGUUGGUGGAAAAGGAAGAAAAAGAUAUUCUGCUGUGUCGGUUAAUGUUUCACUUUUUCGGUAUUAACAUGAAUUUGAAUCUAUUUAGGGUACUGCUUUGAUUGGAAUAAACAAACAGUUUCCAAAAUUCA